UUUUUCUUUAUUAAUUCAGUUGAAUUCCAGUCUCCUCUUUUAACCCUCUAUAUAAAUCUCCUCUCUUAUCACAUCUUUGCCACGGGCUAAUUCAUAUUUUCUAACUUUUAUUUUAAUCAACAUACCGUACUCUUCUUCUUCCUCUCCUUUUUCUUUUUCUUCUUUUUUAUAGACCCUGAAUUAAAUUCAAAUUAUCUAGAAAUGGAAGUUCACAUGGGAGGUUUUAGUUCUUCAACUUGCGAUCAACGAAGUGAAGAAGAGGUGGAUGUGAGAAAAGGGCCUUGGACUUUUGAAGAGGACUCAUUGCUUAUGAAUUACGUUACCAUUCAUGGCGAAGGUCGUUGGAACUCUGUCGCUCGCUGUGCAGGACUAAAGCGAACGGGAAAAAGCUGCAGGUUAAGGUGGUUAAAUUACUUGCGCCCGAAUGUUCGAAGAGGAAACAUCACUCUGCAAGAACAACUAAUGAUUCUUGAACUCCACUCCCGCUGGGGAAAUAGAUGGUCAAAAAUAGCACAAUACUUGCCGGGAAGAACAGACAAUGAGAUAAAAAAUUACUGGAGAACAAGAGUUCAAAAGCAGGCAAAGCAGCUCAAAUGUGACGUUAACAGUAAGCAAUUUAGAGAUGCCAUGCGUUACGUUUGGAUGCCUCGUUUACUUGAGCGGAUCCGAGCAACAACAACCGAUUCAUCAACAAUUCAACCCACUUCAAACCUCACCACCACCACAGAGAGUACAAGUACUCAUGAAGACAAGUCCACGAGUCAAGUUCAUCACUCCACUGAGUUGUCUGGCUCUUCCUGGGACUCAGUGGAUGCCCACGUUUCUCCUGCCUCAGAUGCCAAUCUGGACAAUUCACAAAACUGGUCGGAGCUUUACCUAAACAACAUGUCAGGCUGUGUCUCCGGGUCAUGGGACUGGUCAAAACCGGGCUUGGAUAUCAACGGAUUCGAAACUCAGAACAACAACGAGUGGAUAGGAAGCGAUGAGUCAUUCGAGAGCUUGUGGAACGACGAGAAUAACUGGUUGUGGCAACAGCAGCAAUAUGAUCAUUAGGAUCAGAGAUGAUUUUCUUUACGUAACGCAUCAAAGUUUCAUCAGUUUCUGAUUUUAUUAGAUACCAAGUUCCUAGUGAUAUUAAGGCUGACACUACAAAUUUGACAACUUUGAUAUACAGAAUACAGAUGCUUUGUUAUAUUCCUAUUCCAUAUAGAAAUGUUAUUUCACUUGAACUAAAUUGGCAGGCAUUUAGUUCUCAAGAA